AUUUUCCCAAUGCAUUUUCCCAAAUCAUGACCUCUAUCUAAUGCUUAUUUUAAACCAAUAAUAUAUUAAACAUAUUAAGUAAUUAAUAUUACUAAAAAGCAUUUAGUAAUGCUUUUUGUCUAAAUCAGUUUGAAGCCUUAUUUUGUGAAUUGGGGAUCAAACAGCAUAACAGUAUAAUUCUUGCUUUUCUGUACAUAAGCUAUAUCCUCUAUAAUUUCAGGACAUUUUCAUAGAUCCGGAUGACAACCAGUCUGUUGCAAGAGAAAGUACAGUCUUGCUGCAGUGGCGUGCCCUGCGUUGCCAACAGGAUGAAGAGUAUCAAGUUUCUCUGCAAAUAGACAGAGAAAGGGAGAGAAGGCGAAGGCAACUCCUGGAGCGUGAACUAAGAAGAGUACACGUAACUUAGUUAAGUAAUAGGUAUUGCCCUAUAAAGACUAAAACCUUAAAUCAAUCACUUACAUUUACAAUUAUUUGUGUCUAGGUAAUAAAUACAAGAAAUGGAUUGAUUCCAUACCAGAGCCUGAAAAUGGGAUGGUCAUUCAGUUUAAAUAUCCUGAUGGUGGCUUAAAAAGGAGACGCUUCCUACCAAGUCAGCUAUUUCAGGAUUUAGUUGCCUUUGCAGGUAAUGUAGACAUGGCCAGUGAAAUAUUUUCACUCCAGAAAGCUAUGUCUCCUAUCUCAAUCCUGAGUACCCAAAGAGGUUCACUAGCAGACAAUGGAAUCACUGCACAGUGUACUUUGUACAUUCUGUGGAUGUCAGGGGAUGAAGUGGAGAAUAUUAUAUCAAAUUCAUCCAUAGCAUGUGGCCCAUACCCAGUUGCACCAUCUACCACCUUUUCUCCUGCUCCUUCUCCGCCCACCACGAUCACCACCUGUUCUCCUGCCCCCUCUUCACCCAUCCCAGCCCCCAUAUUUUCUCCUGCUCCUUCUCCACCCACCACAAUCACCACCAUUUCUCCUGCUCCCUCUUCACCCAUUGCAGCCCCCAUAUUUUCUGCUGCUCCUUCUCCAUCCCAGAGUCCUUCAUUCAGUCCAUCAAGCCCAGACCAGGAGGAUAUUGAAGAAGCUUUUGACAUUGCUGCUGCACUGCAGACUCUGAAGGCAAGGGUUCACCAUCUUGCUCCUACUGCCAAUCAAAUAAACGUUCUUCGUGAUGAAGAGUUUGAAUGUGCUCUAAGAGCUUUCAACAGGCCAACCUUUGACGCUGAGUCAAAACUAGACAUCGUCUUCAUUGAUGAGGAUGGUCGAGGAGAAGGGGCCGUAGAUGAUGGUGGGCCUACCAGAGAGUUUUGCAGACUGCUUAUGGGAAAACUACAAGGGCACCAAAUAUUUGAAGGGCCUCCAGAAGAACGCACCCUUGCACUUGACAGCAUUGCACUUCACACCAACACCUACAAAAGCGUGGGACAGAUGUUGUCUGUUUGCCUGAUCCACGGGGGAGUGUCACCUAACUUCUUUUCAAAAAGGCUUUUCAGCCAAGUCUUUGGUUUACCAUCUGGUCCAGCAACCAUUGAGGACAUGGUAGACCAUGGUCUCAGAGCUAAACUGGAGAAGAUAAACAGUGCAGAUACGCUUGAUGAUGCCAGGGAGGCUGUUAGUGAAACUGCUGAAGAGUUGGCGCUGAUGGGAGCUCUACGGCACCUCAGAUCCUUGGAGCACAGGAAGGAGCUGAUGGAAGCUGUUCUUCAGUUUUACUGUGAAGGCCGAAUCCAUGCAGCCCUCACACAAUUUAAAGAUGGACUGACUACACUUGGGGUCCUUCAGAUGGUAACCUCACACCCUCAAGCUUUUGAAAAAGUCUUUCUUUACGACCCAACGCCACUGAAGGCCAGCGAUAUUGUGGAACUUUUCCAUGCCAGGUGUCGAUCUUUGCCAGCAUCAAACCGAAGGCGGAAGGUGGACUUGCCCAUCCAAUAACUCUUGAGCAUGUGCUCAUUUUUGCCACUGGCCUUCAACGAAUCCCAGCAGUGGGUUUUCCAAUGCAGCCAGAGCUGGCAUUUUUGCACCCAGAUGAUGGACUAGCGAGGUUUCCAAAGGCCAACACAUGUUCACUGGUUCUUCACUUACCUGUAGGCCAGACUUACACUGAAUUCAAAAAUAACAUGGAGCUUGGACUAGGCUGUGCUUCCCAGUUUGGGGAGGCCUGAAGUUUUAAAAUAUUUUUUUUGAUAAUUCCAAGUGAUAUUUGAAUGAGAUUCUAAAACUUGUUUUUGUUUACAGAAUGCUUUUGAAGUAUUUUAUAUAUUAAAUUGUAUUUGGUUUGUUUGUCAGUAAUAAACCUUACGAGUGCUUGCUUAUUCUAAAA